CGUGAAAUUCAAAUUAUUCAAAUCUUUGGUAUUCAACUCAAUACCCGGAACCACAUCAUUAUCCUUUGAAGACGCGCGAACAUGGCUGGCGAUCCCCGAGCCCUUCUCCGUCAGGCAGAUAAGACGCUGCAAAGUGCAUCUGGAGGAUUCAGUUUCUUUGGUGGUCGUGCUGAUAAAUAUGAGAAAGCGGCCGAGGAGUACAUCGCUGCUGCAAACGCAUUUCGAAUGCAGAAGCAAGGCAAGGAAGCAGGACUUGCGUUCGAGAAGGCAGCACAAAUACAACUUGAGCAGCUGAAGGAACCAGACGACCAUGCAAACACCAUGACAGAGGCCUUUAAGGCAUACAAGAAAGAUGACCCAGAAGCCGCAGCUCGAUCUCUAGACAAGGCUAUUGCCCAUUAUUGCAGCAAAGGUGCCUUUCGCCGUGCUGCUACCCAUAAGCAGAAUCUCGGUGAAUUAUUCGAAAUCGAACUCGGUGAUGAAGGACGAGCCGCUGCAGCUUACGAGGAGGCUGCCAGUUGGUAUGAGAGUGACAAUGCCGAAGCUCUUGCAAACAAGUUAUGGCUGAAGACUGCCGAUCUUACAGCACUCGAGGGCAAAGACUAUUACAAAGCAAUUGAACUGUACGAGAAGGUGGCUAGGUCAAGCAUCAACAACAAUCUGAUGCGUUGGUCUGUCAAGGAGUAUCUACUCAAGGCUGGUAUCUGUCAGCUAUGCACCGGCGAUAUGGUUGGCGUGAACACAGCACUGGACCGCUACCGUGCCUUGGACGAGAGCUUUACUCAGCAACGUGAACAUCAGCUGCUCACCGAUCUUGCUGCUGCUGUACAGGAUGGCGACCAGGAGCAAUUCUCCGACAAGUUGUUCCAGUACGACCAGCUUAGCAAGCUUGAUAAGUGGAAGACGACCCUUCUGUUGAGGAUCAAGAGCACGAUUGAGGAGACUGGAGAGGAUUUCUCUUAGAUAUUAUUGUCUCAUAGAGGGAUCGACGAGCAUCAGCUGGAUUGUGUUAUUUGCGGUGCAUGAAUUUCAUGACUUGUGUCGAAAUCAAUGGGUGCUAAGAUCAUCCAAUACUCCACAACAGAAUGGGGCUGAAAUAGGUACAUUACAAUCACUUUAUUCACCAUGAUGUUCGCCAUGUCAAUUAAAUACCAAGGUACGUAUAACAUGUGAAAAAGAAAACCCAUUUGGAUUGCCGUUUCACCAGAUUCUGUCUCAUCCAC